CAGUCUGCGUCUCACGUUUCGUGUCGCGUCCCGCCCUAGCGCCUGAUAGGCUAAAUCUGAGCACGCUCUAGAACGGAGCUCCGCCUAGCCUGGUAACCAAGGUGACGAGACGCUGAGACUACAGCAGCAUCAUUAGGAUUGUCACUAUGGGAAAGAAGACAGAUAAGAAAGACAAGACAUUGAAAGACAUCAACGAUGAUGAUGCCAGGAGCACAGGCUUUGGUAACCAGGACAAAACAGGAUUGACAGCUGAUGAAUACCAGUGUACUGGUAACCUGGAACAAGAUUUCACUGAGCUGUGUGGCCGCCUGGGCUAUAUAGAGAUUCCUAAAGUAAUCCCAAGAUCACGUCCUCCGAGUACCCCAGCCUCUGAUAAAAAUGUGUUUGAUGAAUCAGUGUACACAAGUGAUAAGGAUAGCCAGAGUGGCACGGGCCCAACCAAAGACCGCUACUCUUACUUCAAGCCAAGUAUCCGGGUAGAGCUGGAGAGUGAAGAUGGACGAUCUGUCCGAGAAAUCUCCAUCAGAGGUUGGAAGAUUGAUGAGAAAAUGAUGGGGAUCUUUGCUAAGUGUCUUCCAGCACUUCCCAUCCUACACAAGAUCAACUUGUGGAACGUCGGCCUUACAGACAAAACCUUCACCUUAUUUGUGAACAUUCUACGGCAUUGUCCAAGCGUUAAGGUUAUUUCACUAGAAGGGAACCCGCUGCCUGACCAGUCAUAUUAUAAGUUAAUCUCAGAUGAUUUAGGGUUGGUCCAUAUAUCACUCAGAAAUAACCAAAUCAUUGAUGAAGGAGCCAGACUCAUCAGCCAAAUUCUGCAGAGCCUUAAAAUGACCAACAAAAACCUGGCUACUCUUGUCCUCAGCUACAAUCACAUCACAGACCUGGGAGCAGCUUACAUUGCAGAGGCCUUAAGAUUCAACCGAUCAUUGCUCUCCCUCAAUCUUUCCAGUAACCAGAUCAGGGAUCAAGGGGCACUCGCAUUGGCCGAGGUUUUGGGGCGUUUUGCAUUAACACAUACAGAAACUGUCGAGAGGCGUCGGCUCCUACUGGAGAAGGAGGCUCAGGAACAGCCACGAUCGCCAACCACAUCACGUCAUGCUGAUGCCAAGAGUGAACGACCCCUGAGCCACCACAGCAGCUCAGCUAUGGAUAAAGCAGAGAAAUCACAAGUGCAGAAGGCUAAAUCAAGCAUCUCAAAGAAGAAGGAGAAGGAUCCCCAAAAGAAAGAAGACAAAUCUGUCAGUAGCAUGGUAACUGGAACCUCGACUGUGGCAACGCAGCCUGGACUAACUAAGAAAGAAGACCCUAAAGCAUCAAAAAAACAAACGUCCAACUCUGAUCAAAAAAACACACGAGGAAAAGCAGUUAAGUCUGCCACCAAGAGAGCAGCAUUACCUGAGCAAGAGGUGGAGCAAACUGAAGACAUCAACCCUUUGCUGGAACAAGCUGAAUUUAAAGAUGGGAAAGUUUAUCUCUCUGGUAACAAAGUUCUGAUCAGCCUAAAUCUUUCAAGAAACAAGAUAACCGAGAAGGGUCUGAAAAGCUUUUUGGCAGCAGUAGAGACCCAAGUACAGGAGACUAAACCUGCAUCUGCUGUCAGAACUCAGACAGGAUUAUUAAGGCUAUCCUUGGGGAGAAACAAGUUUCCAGCAGAAUGCUCGACCUUUACCCAGAUCCAGGAGAUUAUGCUUUCUCGGGACCCUAUUCACAAAUCCUCCCGAUCUUCCGUAGAUGAGCAAAUGAUGUGACUUAGACGAAGGACUCCCAUGAAGAGCCCAUGCCGAAGCUUCAGUAACAAAAAUGUGUCAUAAAAUAACAACUAUUAAUUGUUAGUAAAUAAUAACAAUGUAUGCUAUAGAUAAUUCAUUAUGGGGGAAAUUUAGGAGUUUGCAAGGGAUAAACAAUGACAUCAAACAAAGUGAUAUCAUUAUGUGAAUAUAUUACUCUGGUCACCACUGGCUAUAUAGUAAAAACUUUGAAAUUAUAUUCUCUUCAACUUUGCAAUUUUUAUUAGGCUCGGUGCACAUAU